CGUUGCAUUUUCUUCACAUACUUCGGACUUCACGUGACCUCUCUGUUUUCUUCGUCUUCUUCAGCUCUGCUUCUGUCAUUAAUUAACCUCUCUCUCUCUUUCCCUCUCUGCAAAUCUUAUCCAUUUCUGUGGUGGUUCUGUUUUUGGGUUUUGUGUUGGUGGUCGUUGGCAGUUAGGGACAUCUAUUAAUCGAGGUAGUUUUGUUCGUUGGUUGACGAAGAAAGCAAAGGUGACAGAAAAUAUGGAAAACAGAAAGCAAGUGGGUGGUUCUUCUUCGUCCUUUACUGUGGAUCUCUUUGGUCCCAAGGACACCUCUUCAUCAUCGUCCUCGUCCACUGGACUCUUUGGCUCUGUUUUUGGGCCACCCUCCACGGGGCUUGGGAGGGACUCCUCUCACUGUGUAAGUACAGGAUCAUCGAAAAAGCCGGAUUUGGGAGGUCAAUAUGGCAAUGCCAAACAUGGAACUACAGGUUCUUCAACACAAAGAAACAAGGGCGAAAGUGCAGAACCAUGCUAUUUCAGCUCAUCAAUCUACUAUGGAGGCCAAGAAGUUUAUUCUCCUAAUAGUCAGACCACUGGUUCUCAGCAAGUUUUCAAGAAAGACGAUGAACAUGAUGACCCGAAUGGAAACAAUGGAAAUGGUGCUUCAAGAGGAAAUUGGUGGAAGGGAUCCCUAUACUACUAAAAUCCUACCCAUCCGAUGCAAACUCUCCAUCCAUUAACAAAGCAUGGCUUCCUGUGAACACUACUGAAGUUUGAGAUAGCAUAGAGUGAAUCCUAGAAGUAACCAGGACUUGCAGCACUCUGUUUUCUUCUUUUCUCCUCUGUUUUUUCUUUCUAAAAUUUGGGGUCUUUGCCAAUCAAUCUGGGCAACGUUUGUGUAUGAGCUUGUCUUUGUUUCAUGAGAGCCCUGAUGCUAGUACUUGUAAACAAAGCUGUAAUUAUGUGCAUCUGAGCUGUUUUUUGUUAUAAUUGGAC